AUGGACGCUUACGCGGGUUACAACCAGAUAAAGAUGGAUCCGGGGGACGAGGAGCACACAGCUUUCACAACAGACAGGGGGUUAUAUUGCUACAAGGUCAUGGCCUUUGGAUUGAAAAAUGCAGGAGCAACCUACCAGCGGUUUAUGAAUGUCAUGUUCGCCGAGUACCUUGGGAAAAUAAUGGAGGUAUAUGUCGAUGACAUGCUGGUCAAGAGUCUAAUUGCCGAGGAGCAUGUGGGGCAUCUGAAGAAAGUAUUCGAGGUAAUACUGAGAUACGGGAUGAGGCUGAACCCUCAGAAAUGCAUAUUCAGAGUGACCAAAGGGAAAUUUUUGGGCCACAUAAUCAACAGGAGGGGAAUAGAGGCCAACCCGGAAAAGAUCCAAGCCAUUUUGGAUAUGGAAAGGCCCACGAAAAGAAAUGAAGUGCAGUCGUUGGCCGGGAAGAUUGUCGCCUUCGUCCGGUUAGUAUCGCGACUCACGGAUAAGUGUGCCCCUUUCUUUCGGCUGUUGAAAGACCAGCGGUGUAAGGAGAUAAUAUGGGGGCCCGAGCAGGAAGAAGCUUUCAAGCAGAUAAAGGCAUAUCUCACGUCUGCGACAGUUUUGUCAAAAUCGAUCCCGGGCGAGAUGCUUUACUUGUACAUUGCGGCAUCGCGAACGGCGGUUAGCUCGGUACUGAUAAGAAAAGAGUCCAAUAUCGAGCAUGCGAUGUUUUACGCCGGGAAUGGAUUCACACCCGUAGAGAGUAGAUACCCAGAUGUUGAAAAAUUAGCUUUGACGCUCAUCGUGACCGCCAAAAGGCUCAGACACUACUUCCAGGCACACUCGAUAACCCUUUAUACCAACUAUCCCCUGAGACAGAUCAUGCAAAAACCAGAUAUCAACGGGAGGCUGGUAAAGUGGGCGAUUGACCUAGGAGAGUUUGAUAUCCACUAUCGGCUGAGAAUAGCAAUCAAGGGCCAAACAGCAGCCGACUUUAUAUUCGAACUCAUGCCCAUGAAAAUGAUGGGGGAAUCAUCCGAGCUCACGCCCGUGAAAGUAGUGGGAGAGUCAUCAGAGGUCGGUCGGGAGGAAAGUUAUGCCAGGGCGGCCGCGAAAACACACAGUGAGGACCCACCAGCGCCACUUUGGAAGCUUUUUGUUGACGGCUCGGUGACGAGAAAUAAAAGCGGGACGAGAAUAAUAUUGGAGACUCCCGAUGGAUUCAAGCAUGAGUAUGCCUUGGAGUUUCAAUUUAAGACAUCCAACAAUGCGGCAGAGUACGAAGCUUUGAUUGGCGGAUUGCAGCUCGCCGGAGAUAUAGGAGUGGAGAAUGUGGAAGUGUUCAGUGAUUCACAGCUUGUUGUAAAUCAAGUCAACGGGAGCUUCAUAGCUAAGGAGCCUCAGUUGAACUCUUACCAGGUACUAUCCAAAUUCUUCAUGCAUCGCUUCAAGUCGGCCUCCCUAUCUCACAUCCCGCGGAAGGAAAAUAGUAAUGAAGAUGCUCUUGCUUGGCUGACUACCGGAGGGCCUGGAAAAGGAAGAAAGAAAGCAAGGAUUGAGGUGUUAGGAAGCCCGAGCAUAAGUAAAACCAUCUCGGAGAUCUUUAUGGUCGAAGCGGGGCCCGGAGAGCCUACAUGGAUGAACCCCAUAGUCGAGUUCAUGAAGGAGGGUGUGCGCCCGGAGGACAAGCGGCAAGCACGAAAACUGCAAUCGAGAUGUGCGAAGUACACACGCAUGAACGAGAAGCUAUAUCGUAGAGGUUACAGUUUUCCAAACCUAAAGUGCGUAACGGAAAAGGAAAGCGAGGCGAUCAUGGGGGAAAUACACGAGGGAGUGUGCAGAAAUCAUUCUAGAUCUUGGUCAUUGGCACAUAAGGCGCUUCGAACAGGGUUUUUCUAG